AUGAGUGCUAAGACGCCGAUACUCGACAACCUUGUGAGUUCUGAGGUCGAUGUCAGCGAUGCGGACGCUGUAAAGUCGGAUGAGGACGAAAGCUUUAUGCAAUUGGACGGCGAUGCGUUUCGGUUGGAUAUGGGCAGCGUAGCCCAGAGUGGUGGGAAAUCACUUUUUGUAAGAGACGACAGUGUGACUGAAACGCCAGUGAAAGCUGGUGGUGGUCUGUUGCCACAAACGAGCCCUACCAAACGUGUGCAGUUCAAUGAACCAGCCCAAGCCCAGGAACUCCAGGAUUUGUGGGACUUCAAGAAACUUGUGCGGCUCGAGUUCGAGCGUCGUCUGCCGCAACACUACGAGUUGCGAGGCUGGAGAUCACCCCCAAGAAACCUGGUAUCGAAUUUAGUGACAAUUCUUGAGACUAACAUAGGAGUCGCCCUGGAUGAGUGCUUUGCCAAAUACGAACAAGAAUGCGAGCGAGUGAUCUUGGAUCGCAGCGUGCGGAGCGUGCAAAGGGAGAAAGAACACAUGCUUUUCGAGCUUGUUGGUGAAAUCGAGCGUCGAUUGUCCCAGGCGCGAUUCCCCUCGCGUUGUUCAGAUCGCGAUCUGGACAUCGAAUACAUAUACGCCAAACGUCAAUUCAUCCAGAACCGUUAUUCUCAAGAGUCUCAGCGCGUUGAGGCCAUCCAACAUCAGGUUCAGCGCGAGCAAACCAUUUUGGACGAGUUGAAAGCGAUGCACUCCAAGACUGCCGAACGCAACGCUCGGAAAUCCAAGCUCCUCACAGAUCAGCUUUCGAAAAACCUUCAUCCAGCACUCAGUAAAGCCAUGAUCAAUUCUUUUGGUCUGCUACGCGACAAACAGGCAAACCCAGAUCGGUACCGUCAUGAUGUCGACGAUUUGAAUCUCAAUUUGAAGGAUUCGAAACCUACAGAUUCUUUUUCGAACCUUCAAGACAAUUUCCCCGCCAUCAAACAGUAUCGAACUACGGUUCAGAACUUCCAAAGCAUACAGAGAAGCAUUUUCCAAGAACCAAAACUGUCGUCGCGCUGA